CUUCCAACCCAGGGACGCCAUUUUGGAGGAAAGUUUGGAAUGUCUGACACAUAGGAAGAAAAAAAGAGGAGGAGAUAACGAAAGAAGUUUGACGUUCAGGAAAACAAUCGUUAUUGCUCCGAAGGGGAAGAAAAAUGAACUCAACUGCGGACGCGUGGAUUUGAAUCGUGUUCACGAGGAGCCCCCGCACGCGAUUGCCAGCGAGGUGUAUAUUUGCAGUUUGGGGAGUUUUGUUUGGAAGCCCUCCUGCAACUGGCGGCGACAUAUGCCCAGUUUCUGUCCCGCAGCCGCGGAGCAGAUUGGCGGCGGAGGUUGAAUCUCAGCGUCUGUGUGUUGUUGAAUGGAAGUGCAGUGCUGUCAGUGGAGUACAGCUCAAUACUGUGGUGUCGCGCGACUGUCAGCUUGAAGAAGGAGUGCAGCAGAAGCUCGCGCUCGACUCAAAAAUUCAACGGCUUUUUAUCGUAUCGCACUGAACCGUCCUUAUGUUAACCGGAUAAAUAUUGGAGUUUCAUGCCAACUGUGGUUGCCCCGUUUUCACACUUUGGACGGAGUCGUGAGGGGAAAGGAGUGUUCUAUUAUCGCGUGUGUUGGGAAUUUUUAACGCGAGCUGCGGUGGAUCGUGCACGAGCCCAACCGAAACAUGCCAGUCAGGAGAAAAGACGCACAGCGGGCUCUGUUACUGCUGGAGGAGUACCGGUCCAAACUCAGUAACACUGAAGACAGACAACUGCGAUGCUCCAUCCAGAGAGUCAUUGACAUCUUCCAGAGUAACCUCUUCCAGGCGCUCAUAGACAUCCAGGAAUUUUAUGAAGUGACCUUAUUGGAUAAUAAUCAGAGAUGUGGAGAAUCAGUCAAAGUGCCCGAUGCUAUGCCUCCGGUGAACUUGUGGGAUUUCUCCAGCAUUCAAAGCACAUUGGGGACUUCAGACACCCUGCCAAGCCUUAGCACCAGCAUAGAGCAGAAGUACAAGCAGCAGGAUGAAGACACAGGAUCUCCACAGGAGCAAAGCUCAUCCCAGCUCACUGAUGAGGCUCCUGGUCCAGAACUGGUCCAAGUGGCAGAGAAAAGCCUCUCCCAGAUUGAAAAUGUCCAUGGCUAUGUGGCACAUGCACAUAUCUCCCCAAUGAAGGUUGAGUCGCUGGAAUGCAUCUUCGAUGGGCCGUCUACUGUAGUGAAUGAGGAGAGUCCUCCUCCACAUACUCCCCUCUCCAACCCAUACCCUCAAAGUCCUGUGACCGUCCAGCAGACAGAUGCUGUCCCACCCUCCACUCUCAUAAUCCCCGUGAUCCCAAUCUCCACUGUCCCUGCGGAGCCCGCUGUCAUCCCUCCAUCGACGUCACAGGCAAAUCCACCCCCUGUUGUGGUAAAUACAGAGAGUUUGGAUUCAGCACCAUAUGUUAACGGUACAGAGGCUGACUUUGAAUAUGAGGAGAUUACACUGGAAAGGGGAAAUUCAGGGCUGGGCUUCAGUAUUGCUGGUGGCACAGAUAACCCUCACAUUGGUGAAGACCCCAGCAUAUUCAUCACUAAAGUCAUCCCGGGAGGUGCUGCCGCUCAGGAUGGGAGAUUGCGGGUAAACGAUGUGAUUCUGCGAGUGAAUGAGGAGGAUGUCAGGGACGUGACCCACAGUAAGGCUGUGGAAGCGUUAAAGGAGGCGGGGUCGUUGGUCAGACUGUACGUCAGGAGGAGAAAAUCUGCAUCAGAGAAAGUCAUGGAGAUUAAGCUCAUCAAAGGUCCCAAAGGUCUUGGUUUUAGUAUAGCUGGCGGUGUUGGAAAUCAGCACAUCCCAGGGGACAAUAGCAUCUAUGUCACUAAGAUUAUAGAAGGUGGAGCCGCGCAUAAAGAUGGACGACUACAAAUAGGAGACAAACUUCUUGCUGUGAAUAGCUCCUGCCUGGAGGAGGUAACCCAUGAGCAUGCCGUGACUGCCUUGAAAAAUACCCCAGAUGUGGUCUACUUGAAAGUGGCUAAACCCAACAGUGUCUUCAUGAAUGACAGUUUUGUCCCUCCCGAUAUAACCAACUCCUAUUCCCAGCACAUGGAAAACCAUAUCAGCCCCUCAACCUAUCUGAGCCAGCCGCUGCCCCCGGUGCAUUCAGGACGCUAUUCCCCGACCCCAAAGACCAUGGUGGGGGAUGAUGAUGUCACCAAGGAGCCCCGGAAGGUGGUACUGCAUCGUGGCUCCACAGGGCUCGGCUUCAACAUUGUGGGUGGAGAGGAUGGAGAGGGCAUCUUUAUCUCGUUCAUCCUUGCUGGAGGCCCUGCAGACCUGUGUGGAGAGCUGAGGAAAGGAGAUCGCCUGGUUUCUGUGAAUGGAAUAGACCUCCGCGGUGCCACGCAUGAACAGGCCGCUGCGGCUCUGAAGAAUGCUGGACAAACUGUUACCAUCGUCGCCCAGUACAGACCAGAGGAUUACAGCCGAUUUGAGGCCAAGAUUCAUGACCUUCGAGAGCAGAUGAUGAACAGCAGCAUCAGUUCAGGUUCAGGAUCCCUGAGGACCAGUCAGAAGAGAUCAUUAUAUGUCAGGGCACUGUUUGAUUAUGAUAAAACAAAGGAUUCAGGGCUGCCCAGCCAGGGCUUGAACUUUAGGUUUGGGGACAUUCUGCACGUGGUGAAUGCUUCAGAUGAUGAGUGGUGGCAGGCACGGCAGGUCACUCCUCAGGGAGAGGUGGAGGAAAUGGGCGUCAUCCCCAGCAAGAGAAGAGUGGAGAAGAAGGAGAGAGCCAGGUUAAAGACAGUCAAAUUUAACUCCAAGGCACGAGAGAAAGGGUCCCUCAAUGACAAGCGUAAAAAGAACCUCUUUUCCCGCAAGUUCACCUUCUACAAGAACAAGGAGACGAGUGAGCAAGAAACAAGUGAUGUGGACCAGCAUGUGACCUCUAAUGCCAGUGAUAGUGAGAGUAGUUACCGUGGUCAAGAGGAAUAUGUGUUAUCAUAUGAACCAGUCAGCCAACAAGAAGUGAACUACGCGCGACCAGUGAUCAUCUUGGGUCCGAUGAAGGAUCGAGUAAAUGAUGACCUGAUAUCAGAAUUUCCUGACAAAUUUGGCUCUUGUGUUCCCCAUACAACAAGGCCAAAGCGGGAUUACGAGAUGGAUGGGAGAGACUAUCACUUUGUUGUGUCCAGAGAGCAGAUGGAAAAAGAUAUACAGGAGCACAAGUUCAUUGAGGCGGGCCAGUACAACGGUCACCUGUAUGGAACCAGCGUGCAGUCUGUCAGAGAGGUGGCUGAGAAGGGCAAACACUGCAUUCUUGAUGUAUCAGGCAAUGCUAUCAAGAGACUGCAAGUGGCUCAACUUUACCCCAUCGCUAUUUUCAUCAAACCGAAAUCAAUGGAGAACAUCAUGGAGAUGAACAAAAGAUUCACAGAGGAACAAGGCAGAAAGACGUAUGAGAGAGCCAUGAAGUUGGAACAGGAGUUUAUGGAGCAUUUCACAGGAAUUGUUCAAGGGGACACUUUGGAAGAGAUCUACGAUCAAGUAAAGCAAAUUAUCGAGGAACAGUCUGGGCCAUUCAUUUGGAUACAGUCCAAGGAGAAACUAUGAACACCUUCAGGAGUUUGUCAUCCAUCUUACUCUGCCUGGUUUAUUUAUUGAUUUUUUUUAUAAUUUUUUCUUUUCCAUAAUCUCGGUUGGGCUUCUCCAAUUGACAGCCUUCAGUCAACAGAUAAGUUCUUUAAUCCACAACCUAUGUUUAGUCCUACAUAUUCAUCUCCUGACUAAUAGCUCCUCAAGUAGCUGUUCAAAGAGAAGAGGAUCUUUCCUCCUCGGAUCUCCACUGCUUCCAAGCUUACAGAAAGCAAAGCCAUGUUAGACCAGCAUCUGUUUACCAGGGUUUUGGAAACGGUACAGUUCCUUAAUGUUUAAGGGAGGUUAGUUUGUAAGGAAGUAAGGGUUUAGUUUAUUUGUUUUUGUUUUGGUAUAAGAUUGUGAUUGUGGAGCUUGGGCCUGAGGCAUUGGAUUCAUAAGAUGGUGAAAAACACAAAAAGCAAAACUUUGCACGUUAUAGCUUUUACAACCACGUGUACUCUUCCCCCCUUGUUGUUUAUUUCCAACAAUUACAGUCCCGUACGUUCAACGCGUUUAUCUUUUCCCCCUUUACUGUUGUAUUGGCAUGCUUAUUGUUCUCCUCAUUCUAAAGUCUGCGUUUUGGAGCCAUUGUGUUUAGAUGAUGUCCGGGCGUAUGGGCGCGUCCCGCCACUGUUAGAAUGUUGGAGUCUACAAUCAGUGUCUUACAGAGUACGUGUUUUCAACGAUCAUGAUUUACAUUUAGGAAAGUCUGCCAUUUGUAAGGAACUGAUAUUUUUUAGAGAUAAUAUGCCACCGCAUAUGUGGAAGAAAUUUAUUGUACAAUGUGAUCUUAACAGAUAUUUAACCCUCCAUAAACUGCCUAUUUUGUUAUAAUAAAAGUCUAUAUUGAGCUUUACUUAAGCGCUAUUAUGAUGGGAGUUAUUUUCUUGACGUCGUAAAAUGUAUAUUAGAGCAAAGAAGUUUAAAAUAACAAAAUAGUAUGAAUAUAUAUAUUUUUUCCUUUUUCUGUUUUCACCCCUUGUUUCUUGAAUCUUAAACAAACUGCAAGAAACAGGGCAGCAAGGGGACCACAUCUCUGUGCAGAUAGGAGUUUAUUAACACAACAGUCAAAACUUUUUUCGCUCGUCCUCCUCCUCUCUUUCUGCCCACAAUUUUAACAUCAUCUGCUCAAGUGCGUCACAUCAGAGUCAUAACAGCGUGGAGAAGAACGCCCUGUCCGAUUCCCCCUCUCGGACUCGAACCGAUUCAGCAGGAAGGAGAGCUUCUCAAGGCUGAACUGAAAGCUCCACAGAGACUCAUUUUUCUACACCCGUCCAGGAGAGGGGGGCCUGUUGUCUGCUCUUCCUAUGACAUGAUUGUUUUCUAUACUAAGACUGCUUGUUCUACCACCUCACCACCUCUGCUUUUUAGGGACGUUUUGGGACUGGAUAAAGAAAUAUGUAAAUAACCUACUGAUCUGAUUCAUUCCAUUGAUCCAAAUGAACAAGAGGAGAAUGGCUAUUUCAAGAACAAUAAAACAAAGUCUUUCUCAUA